GCCCUUAUUUACUUUAUCCCCUUCACGAUGAUCAUACAUACGUAAAAAUUUCUCGGUUGCGUGAUUAAUGUGAUCACAAAAUCUUAGCGAAGAUGAGGAGAAACAGGGCUUAUGAAUACAUAAAAACCCGCCCGGGCCAUGCAGGAGGAACGUGGUACAUAAUUUUUCAUUAUUUGUUUUCUACAUAAAAAUUAUGUCGUAAAAAUUUGUCUUGUGAUAAUGGCUUAGGAUUAGUGUACACUCUUAAAAAUGCUGUAUCUGCGUGCUGGUAAAUAUUGUUUUGGUAGUAACUUUCGGUUAUUUGUUUGUGACAAGAAUUUCUUGUUACACACUAAAUAAAAAUUAGUAAAAUUUACUCAAGGUUGGGUAAAAACGAGGAUGAGAAGACUAAAAGGUAAAAUUUACUCAGCGUUGGGCAAAAUUAACACAACUUUGGACAAAUUUUACCGCUUGGUUGUGUCAUCCUCUUAUUUACCCAACCUGGAGUAAAUUUUGCUCAUUUAUAUUUGUAGGGUAUCAUAAUAUUUAUUAGUAAACAUUGGUGCAGGUCAGUAUUUACCGGUAUGGUCACAUGCUCUGGUCGGUAAUGAUUUAUUUCAUGCCAAUUUUCUAAGAGCGGAUUAACACCCAGUUAACUAAAUCCGGUACAUUCUUCAUGCACGGUCCACCUGCACUUGAUCCCAGCUCUGUAGCGAAAUAUGUAUGAAUUUCCUCUCUCUGCUAAUAAGGAAUUUACUAAAUUUUACCCAGUUUUGCUGCACAAUUGACAUUGAGUCGAGUUUGUAAGAUCGUCCUAAAAAUUUGCACGCAAAAUAUUUCCGCAUUGUUCCACAAUCUUAAAUAAAUAAGUAUUACUAAAUCUGCGGAAAUGUCGAAGGAAACGUGCUGUUGUGGAAGUUUUUCGGUUGGAAAGGGUUCCCUUUUCAUUGGAAUUUUCAAUAUCAUUGGUUCCAUCAUUAAUCUGAUAAUUCAGCCAAUCUGUAUCUAUUCAAGUAUCAACAACCCCGAUAAAACUAAGGACGAAAAAAUUCCGGAUUCUGUGAUAAUCUUGAGCGGUUGCGUCUCCAUCGUGAUUUUACUCUUGUACUUCAUCUUCGCUUGUCUCCUGGUGCACGGUUAUCGGGUGCGCAAUCACCGCCUGGUCUCGCCCUGGUUUAUCGCGAAUUACGCCUGGCUUAUUCUGAGCGCCCUCAGCAUUGUUGCCGUUUUCGUGUUAAAGGUCUCCUCUGAAGAAUUCGCGAAGGGAGCCGUGUUUAUCGGGGUGUGCUUGACUUACAUGGGGGUCGAGACGUAUCUGGUCUUCGUGGUGAAAAGGUUUGCGGACGAGUUGAAAGCAGAAGCCGAGUGUAAAAUUGUGCAAGAAAAGUGUUAAGGAUGAGAUACACUUUUAAAAAUAGGGUUAACGUUUUGAAAAAAUAUGCACUUUGAACUUUGUAUUAUGUAAAGUAUACUAAAUCCUAGGUAAACUUUGCUCUUCGUGAAAGUUAACACUACUUUGAAUUUUUUAAAGUUUGAAUUAAUUAUUUUGAAAUGAGAACUUUUCAAAAGGGCAACAUUAUUUUUUUAGAGUGCAGUAUUUACAUAUUGUUUUUGUUACUAGAGGAUUGUCAUGAUUUUCAGUUUUUGAUGAUGUUGCAGUAUGGAACAAAUAAUGAAUAACUGUUUAAUUGGAAUAAAUUCGGACUUGGAUGACUAUUAAUGAUUUUAAACAAUAAAUAUGUUUAAAAAUACAGAUAUGUAAGUAAAUGUUCGAAAAAUAUUUAUUUGAAUAAAUUAAUUCCUGGAUAUUGCAUGCGCGUUCCCUUAAAGAAGAAAAACUGUAAGAGAAUAUGGUAUGAAAAAGCAGCCCUUACAUUUUACAUUUGUGAGAUGAGACGUAAAAGUUGAGCUUAAAUUGUGUAGUUAUUGUAUGCAAAUUUGUUGAUUUGUGAAUUUUGGAGUAACAAACUGCAAACUUUUUGAUAUAUAAGUGUUUGAGGAAGAAUGUUAUCAAUUUGAUAAGAAAUUUCGAUUUUAAUGGAUAAUUUUAAUGGAUAAUAUUGGAUAAUUCGACAUUUAAAAGAUUCAUUAGUUCGUAUGUAUGAAGGAUUUCAAGUAAGUUUGUUUCGGUAUUAUAUAUGCAUACUAAUUAAAGAUAUUAGAAAAAUUUCGAAAGUGAGUCAAAAAAUA